AUGACAACAGAAGCGGCCGAGACUUCCGUGGAGUCCGCCGAGACCCUUCACACCGAGCACACUCCGCAGCCAGAAGCUCUAGAAGAAGGUGAUCCGGAGAAGAAGACAAUAUUCACAGUGUUCGAUAAGAACAAUGAUGGGACAAUAUCAGUGAAUCAGUUGGGAAGUGCAUUGCGUGGCUUGGGGCUAUGUCCAACGGAGAAAGAGUUGGGAGAAAUCAUGGAGCAAUGGAAGGACCAGCCGGACGCCAGACUCACUUUCGACGAAUUUGUUCCGAUUUUUGAACAACUGGGUAAGUAGGGUACUGUGAGUGCCUAAGCAGCCCCCUGAAGGCUCUUUAAUGCCUAUUACAGUAUGCCUAUACAAAAUUUUAUGCAAAGUAAAAGCGACAUUUUAAUCUUACAGGGGAAGUACCACAAGCUCGACGCCUAGCUUUUGAUGAAACUUGGCACAAAUUUAGAAUAAUUUUUUCUAGGGUAUGUGCGAGAACCCUAGCUCGCGCUUUGCAGAAACAACCGAGAUUUUUUGAUCGAAAGUGGGCAAAAAAAUGAAACUUUUUGCCGAAUUUUGACACAAAAAGUUUCAUGAAUAUUUUUACCAUAGAGGGUAAUGUUUCCACAAAAAAUCAAUUUUUUCCUAAAGAAACUAGCAAAGUUAUGAUCAAAAGCGUUUUUUUCUCUGAUCGCUCUCCGCGUUAAGCGUACUCUCUCGGCGACAAAAACGGUUCGGUAUCUCGGCGGCGCUUGCAAAGCGCGAGCUAAAACUUUUAGGAAUUGAUACUUAAGUCUAUGCCUGACAUGUGUGCAGAAUCUAAAGAAAAUCCGAGUGUCACACUUGGGGUACUUCGCUUGUUAAUAUACGGAUAAUCAAAUUUCAAUUCUCAAUUUUUUUGCUUUGAUAUCCAAGCAUUUACUUUCCAGAAAACACCCGAGUAGCAAACACCAAGGACGAGUUCCUUGACGGCCUGCAACACUUUGACUCUGACGGCACUGGCCUAAUCAAGACAUCGCAACUGAAGCACAUUCUAACGACUUUGGGGGAGAAAUUAACCGAACAAGAGGUGGAUCAGCUAUUGGAGGGUCUUGGAGAUGAAAACGGAAUGUUAAAUAUUGAUGACUUUGUGCAAUUAAUUACUCAGUAA